GGCGCUGUAUGGAAAUGAGGGCAGGUAAGCCUCACCUGGAUUAGUAUCGUGGGCGGUUCAGCAAACUCUGCCGUGACUCGUUUACCUGUCAAACGAGUCGUUUACAGUAGGAAACUCACCGCGCGCAUCGAAGUCUGCAGAGGAGACAACGUCGUUCGUGGGCGGACAUCCAACUCGGGUCGCCAGAUUUAAAGAGGCGCAGUGCGCUAGCCACCGCGCCACCGCUCCGACCAGAGAUGGAGUCGGAUGCGAGCCGGAUGCUGGCGGCUGCGAUCCAGCAGGUGGAUGGAAUCAUAGCAGCUCAGUCGGAGCACACGGAGAAGGAGUUGGAGGACACGGGCGGCGGCACCGGCAGCUGGGCGCUGGCGAGCAGGACCGGCGGCGGCGAGUCGCAGGCCGUGGCGCCGUGGGCCGGGCUGCAGGUGGUGCACCUCACAGAGGAGCUCUGCCAGCGGCUCGAGCGGCUGGGCAGCCAGGAGGAGCGCGAGGGCCUCCGCAGGCAGCUGCCCCCGGGCACCGUGAGGGCGCUGCUCGGCUGGCUGCACGCGAGCACGGUGCGGCAAGCGCGGGGCGCCAACUGCCUGGUGAGGUCGUACCCGGCUCGCGAGGACCGUCUGGCUCACGUCGAGAGCGACCAGGAAUCGCUCUCUCUGCAGGUGGGCGUGCUCACCGAGCAAGUGGAGGUGCAGAACGACAAGCUGCACGAGUUGGAGUCCACCGUGGUGGAGCAGCGCCAGCGCCUCUCGUCCACCGAGACUCUGCUGCACGAGGGCUUCUCCCGGCAGCUCGAGGACCUCUCAAUGCGAAUCUCGGAGCUGCGGGGCUCCAAGGCCGAGUACGAAUCGCUCCUCCAGUCGACCAAGUCGGAACUGGCCGAGUUGCGGGAGAGAGUGAGCCUCCAGGAGGACGGCGAGAAACUCGGUGCCGUCAGGAGGAACGGCGCUACUCAGGGAGGGCAGCACGGGGACCCCAGUGGGGCAGAUAAGCAGCAGAUGAAAGUGCUGGUGGCCUCGCUUUUGGAAGCGAAUGAGAAACAGGAACGCAAGAUCUCCGAGCUGCAGGAGAUGGUGCAGACGGUCGGACUCAAGAAGCACGAGUGCACGGUCGUGGAAAACCCGGACUCGGACCGCCCGGAGUAUGGCAACAUCAAACCGCAGCGAUUACAGCCGUUCAACCACAGCCACGAGCACAACCACGUGUGUGAAGAACAGCUGGGCAGCGAAGAGAUACGCAGCGGACGAGAGACAGACGCACGCAGAGAGAAGACAGAUGCAGAUCUGAUAGGUGCACCACAGAUUCAAAUCGCAACGGAAGGGACGUAUGAGAUAAUUUUAGAUCAGGUAGGAGCAGAGCGGGUACACACGAGCAGAGAAGAGAUUGGUGCAGAAAAGACAGGCAGAGAUAAGACAGCCGCAGACGUGAUGGGCAUGAACACAGAGCAGAAUAGCGUACACAAGAUGUGCACAGAGCCGAUGCGCGGGGGGCAGAUCCAGGGGACACAGAUGAAUGGAACACAGAUGAACGAAGGGCAGAUAGACUUAACGCACAUGAGCGUAAACGAAGAACAGAUACACAGGGAAGAGAGAGCCACAAUGCAGAUAUACGCAGAAAAGACAGGGGCAGAACCGAGACGUAUGGAACGCAGAGCCGCAGAACAGAUGAAUAUGGAACAGAUAGCUACAGGACAGAUGGACGCAACAGAGAUAGCCACGCAGCAGAUGAACACAGAUGAGACGGGCAGAGCAGAGAUAAACGCAGGCAACGUUGACACCGAUCAGAUGAACGCGGAACAGAUAGCCAAAGGACAGGUAGCCACUGAACAGGUAGCUACAGGACAGAUACCCAAAGUAGAGAUAGCCACAGAACACAUAGCCAAAGAACAGAUAGCCAAAGGACAGAUAGGCACAGAACAUAUAGCCACAGAUCAGAGAGCUACAGGACGCAUACCCGACGCAGAGAUAGCCACAACACAUAUAGCCACAGAAUAUAUAACGACAAAAAACAUAGCUCAAGAACAUAUAGCUACAGACCAGAUCAGUACAGGACAGAUACCCGAAGCAGAGAUAGCCACAACAAAUAUAGCCACAAAACAUAUAGCCACAAUACAUAUAGCCAAAAACCAGAUCGCCAAAGACCAGGUAGCCACAUACCAGAUAGGUGCAUCUGACAUUGACACAGAGCAGAUGAACAGAGAUGAGAUGGCCGGAGCGCAGAUGAACGCAGGCGACCUUGGCAAAGUGCAGGCGAGCGCGGUAAACCCUUCAGCUGAGCCAUCGGUGACAGACGAGACGGUCACAAACCAACCGGCAGCAGAUCACACGACCACGGAACCGCCAGGCCAAGCCCAUGCAGGCCAAGAGUUCACGGCCACCGGGCAGCUGGAGUCCGUCCCCUUGGCUCGAGGUGAAGAGGACUGGAGGAGCCCGGAGAUCACCGGCGCUGAGGGAACGACGGAGGAGGAGAUAGAGCCACCACCUCAGCACGUGGCGCCGUGCCCUGCUGGGGAGGGAACGAUGCCAGACGGCGAGGCUGCACACCACGGAUGCAGCAGCAGCAGCAGCGAUGACGAUGGAGACGCCUGGAGCCCCAGCGAUGCCAGCGCUCAGGUCGACAACAACGGGGGAGCGAGGACGAGCCACGCGGCCCCGGCCGUGUCCACCGCGGAGCCGCGUGGCCACACGGCGGCCCGGAACGGCGACGAGCGCGUCCCUGCCCAGGCCCGCGCGGCCCAAGCGGCCGCGAGCCCGAAGGACGGGAAGUUCAGGCUGAGUCUGAGACGGAAGGCAUCCUUCAGACGGCUGAGCUUGUUCAAGAGGAGGAGCCAGAAGCAAAGGGGCAGCGAACUCGCGUCAAACGCAGGAGUGGCCGAGGGGCCUGGGCCGAGCUCGGAGGCCCAGGAACUCCUGGAACGGAUUUCUCCCGCCACGAUCCAUCUCCGCGGAGUUGGAUCGACGGACAUGCCAGAGGCGUCGCCUUCAUCGCCGUCCGUGGAGAGGAAGAGGAGGGACAGCGGCUUCCGGAGGCUCCUCGACAAGCUGAGGAAGACUCCGUCGCUGGGGCAGAACGGCGAAGGCCUGACGCUGGGUGUCGAACUCAGGCGCAGGAGCUUCCGGGCCCCGCACUGCCGGUGGAGCUGGGCCCUGGACCCGCGCGCCUCCCAUGGGGAGCUGGAGACCCCCUUCGCCAGCUGGGGGGUGGAGCAGGUGUGCGGCUGGCUCAGCGAGCUGGGCCUGGGGGCCUGCGUGGGCCUGGCGCGGCAGUGGGUGGUGCGAGGGGACACGUUGCUGCGGGCUACGACGGAGGACCUGGAGCGGGAGCUGGGGCUCAAGAACCCUCUGCACAGGAAGAAGCUCACGCUGGCGCUGCAAGCGCUCGGCUCUGGAGAGGCAGUGGGGACCGAUGACCUGCACCACACCUGGGUGACGCGCUGGCUGGACGACGUUGGGCUGCCCCAGUACAAGGAGCAGUUCCACGAGGCACGCGUGGACGGGCGGAUGCUGCACUACAUCACCACGGAGGACCUGCUGCUGCUCAAGGUGACGAACCUGCUGCACCACCUGAGCAUCAAGCGUGCGGUGCAGGUGCUCCGACUCAACCACUUCCAGCCGGACUGCUUCAUCCGCUCCGCCCCGGAGGGUGCCGGAGAGCCGGGCGACGUGAGCCGGUGGCCCAACGAGCGAGUGAUGCGCUGGCUCCGCUCCGUGGACCUGGGGGAGUUUGCGCCCAACCUUCGUGGGAGCGGCGUUCACGGCGGUCUCAUGAUCUUGGAGCCGCGCUUCAGCGUGGAGACGCUGGCGAGCCUGCUGAGCAUCCCGCCCGGCAAGACGCUGCUGCGCCGCCACCUGAGCACCAGCUUCGGCCUGCUGGUGGGCCGCGAGGCGCAGCGGGCCAAGCAGGAGGCCGCAGACGCCGACGGCUGGGCUCCUCUCUCCGUCAGCGCCAGGGUGAAGGCGCAGCGACGCCGCGGAUUUGUCCGAGGGCGGCAGGAGCCGACGGGGGCGGCGGCAGAUUUCACCGAAUACCUGUGCCCCAUGGAGCUGGGCUGGGGCCCCUCGCAGCAGGGAUCUCCCCCUGGGUCCCCUCCGUACGGACUCACGGUGACACCCCUCCGCAGGGGUCGCAGUCAGGAUGGGCUGGACUGCAUCGACGAGACAGGGAGCUCCGAGUCGGUGGUGAGGAAGUUGGGGGAGUUCUCGCACGACAUCGAGAACCUGACGACGAGCCUGUUGCACGAAGACUGAUUCUCACGCUGGGAGGAACACGAUCGCGGAGAGACGCUGCGAGCCCCUGCCGCCGGAACAAACAGAUCGUCCGCAGCUCACCAACGUCUCCCGCAGCCAACACACUCUGUCAGUGAGCGGCGGGGGUCGAGAGGUCACGCCCGACCGCGCCGCGUGCGCUAACAAGAUGACCUGCUCGCCGCUCGCCGCUGUGCACGACGCCCCACGGCGGUUAUGUCCAACGGAGCAGGCCGGGCCCCGCCGUGGGAAUGUGGAAUUGCUGGACCCUGCAAGGGCCCCCGCUUGAGACACCUCCGCAGAGUAACCCCCCACAUCGAUUAGCACGGUUGGCUUCAACAUACGUAUGUACAUACAAGGUAUUUUUGGCCUACUCUUCCGCGGUGGCCAGAUGUCUUGGAAGCGGUGCGAGUUACCCACGCUUUACCCCACCGCACGCGCUCGGGAGAUUUAGGGAACGGGUCCCCGUCGGGGUCAGUUGCCGCUCCGGGAGAUCGUAUCGACCCCCGGCGACCUCUGAACCGCGGCUCGCCGGUAGGAGCCACUUACAAUUAUCGCCACAUUUUUUUUGCAUCUAGUACGAUUAACUUUGAACGGAUAUUAUCGACGUCGCAGAUGUUUAUCUGUUUUUAAACAACGUGAAACAUUAACCGCGUUGGCGAGGCGCAGGCCGGCGCGCCGAACCUUGCUCACGCGCCGGGUUGAGAAGAGACGCGCACCUCCCGCGAGCAUCCGGCGCCCCCCACUUUAUUAAUGGAUUCAUGGGCGCGUAGCAACAGCAGUGGCAUACAAAUGUGAUCUCCGCUCACACUCACGUGCCCCCCCCCCCUCCACCCCCUCGCCCACCCUCCUUCCAAUCCUGUACACACUGCUGGGUCAAGAGCUGUUAGCGAGCGCCUAUUAAGGCCGACAUAGCAGGAAUGGUGACGGAUUGCGAGACGCGUCGUUCCUAAUUGCGUCAGCGCGCCCUUUGAUUUUGUGCCGAGUCGACUAUAGGGUGGGACAGACGAGGUGUUGUGUGCCAGGUGAAGUGGUAGUGUAGCGGUUAGCGCGUUGCACUACGGAUCUGGCGACCCGAGUUCGAUUCCCACUCACGGCUUGCACCAUUGACGAUUAUCUGAACCCGUCCUGCACCAUCCCUAGGUCGACUCAGCCUGAAUUGAGUACCUGGUGCGAUGUGAAAUACGAAUCGGCACUGGGGAGACAAAGGCACCCGGGCGUGGUGCUGGCCACCUGUGUGCUGUGCCAGCCUUCGUAGGUGCUCGCUAUCAGCACUUGCACCAACAGCCUUUUAAGGCGACAAGGGGAAUCUUUGUCUUUAUGGAGCGGCGGCGCACUGGUUAUUGCACUUUCGCUACGAAGCCGUUGGUCAGUUGCAUGAAACGUCUGAAGUGAUAUUGCCUCCUAGUUGGUACUGUGCAUCAUCGUGAACUAAGGGGACGUUUUACUUGAGGAUUAUUUUUGUAUCACAAAUUUUAUGUCAUUGUCCACUGAUGCGGAGUGUAAUCAUCAGCACCGGGGAGACAAACACGGCCAGUCGUGCGUGGUGCUGGCCACCCACCCCACUUCGCGUUCCACGCCGGCCUUGAUUGGUGCUCGCUAACAGCGCUUGCCCCCAAAAGGUCUGUUCAGGGCGACGCGGGGGCCCUCUGUCCCGACUGCGCCAGCCUCCUGCCAGAGGCAUCGUGCACGCGACCAGGCGCUGAACCCGGCCAGCCGGGCCCACGGCGCAGCGCUGCGCGGCGCUUAAUAACCGCGGUUAUGCAAAUUCAAUCUCGGAGGCGCAGGGCGAAAAACACAUCGCCCGUGACUAUAUUUAGCGCCGCUCACGACGCCGCUAUCCGGCGGAGGGAACAUCGUGUUUCAUUAAUGCACAAGGAGGGCUCGCCGCGGGAAAUUCGCCGUGCGGGGAUCGUGGGGGGCGCGGCUCGUGGCGCCGGAGGGGAUUGGGGGGCUCGAUGAUCGGCGCUCGCUCGCUCGCUCGCUCGAUGCGGCCGUUAACACGAACCUCGCAUUAAACUAUCGAGCGUGAAGUUUACUUCUUCCCGCUCGGCUGAUCCGACUCGCGCUUAUAUUCCGACAGAUUGCCUUGUUGAGGGUUUUAAUAAUAAUUAUUAUUAUAAUCAUUAUUAUUGUCCAUACCAAGUUGUUAAAUGUGCGCGGAUCGCUGUCCGGCACCGUCAUAAAUUGUUCACGUUUUGUUCAUCGCGUUGCAACUCCAUUUGUUCGGCUGCGUCGGGUGGCAGAGGGUGCACGACACAAUACCCUCGGUUUUAUUUUUACUCCG